AUCAAACAAUCGAGAAAGAAAACCCUUUCCGAGUUUUGAGUGUUUUGAAGCGAUGAGCAAGUCUUUCACGCUAUGCUUCUUUCUAGCUUUUUUGCUCUUCAUCACCUCCUUAGGUGGCGUCAAGAUGGCGGCGGAAGCAAAAGACUGUUCCGCGGCGUGGGAUUGCGCCGACGGCUCGGCGGGGGAUGCCAGUUGCCGGGACCUCUGCCGGGUUCGUUACGGUGGCGUCGGCGUUUGUGUCGAUUACAACAUUCCAAAUGCUCCAGCUAGGCAGUGCUUUUGCUCACAUGAAUGCUAGGAUAAUAAUUAUAAAAAAAAAGAUAUAUUAUCAAGUUGUAAUAACGACCGACUAAUGUUGGAGUCGGUAAUUUUGAGUUCUUUUUUUUUUUUUUUUGUCGUCUUUGGUGAUUUUGGAGUUUUAAUUAGUAGCGAGGAUUGAUAAAAAUAGUGCUACGUU